AUGGAGUUGAAAAAUCAAUCAAAUUUGUCUUGGAACGAUGUUGGCGGGAUGGAGAAAUUGAAAAAAAAAUUAGUUGAGAUCUUUAUUUGGCCGUUAAAGUACAAGCAGUUGUUCGGUAAAUGUCCUGUAAAAACUGGUCGAGGAGUUUUAUUGCAUGGCCCAUCAGGAUGUGGAAAAACUUUGGUUUCUAAGGUUCUUGCCUCAGAAAGCUCACUUAACGUUUUUUAUGUUAAGGGACCUGAGUUACUUUCAAAAUAUGUCGGAGAAAGUGAGGAAAAAAUUCGCAGUAUUUUUGAAACGGCUGCUUUGUCUCCACCGAGUUUGAUUGUGUUUGACGAAUUUGAUUCGCUGGGUGUUAGACGAGGCCAUGAUAGCACUGGUGUCACUGAUCGCGUCGUCAAUCAAAUGCUUACGGAACUUGACGGGAUUGAAAGACUCAAAGGCAUAUACGUCAUUGCUACGACAAAUCGGGCUGACCUUAUUGAUCUGUUCCUAAAUUUGUUUUAUUUUGAUCCUCUGCAUUGCGGUUUAAACGAAACGAAUUUGAUUCUUUUUAAGGAGGAGAGAAGGGCAAUACUUAAAGUGCUUACUAAAGGUAUUAAGGUUCACCAGGACGUGAACUUUUCUUUAGUUGCUGAAAAGACUGUUGGUUGGUCUGGAGCAAGGUUAAAAGGUCUUGUGACGUCAGCCCGCUUUUUAGCCCAAUUUCCAGCAUCUGAAAACGGUGCGUCAAUCAUGGAUUUUGUAAAAAUUGAUUUAUUUUGGCCUGACGUUAUCUACCACUCUACCGUUUGGAGAGUAAGAGUUACUUUGGCUUAG